CACCUACAGAGGUCUGGUGCUCUUCUUUUUUCGUAUAUUUAAAAAAAAAAAAAAAAUACCACAUGGACUUUACAUUGGAGAUCCGUUGCAUUUCUUCAUAGUUUUUAGUCGUUCCUUUAAAAAAAAAAAAAUUGAAUCAUGGUGAAUAAUAACGUCAAGAAGAUAGUUGUCUCUGUAGUCAGCACAGCGUGUCUGUGUCUGCUGCUGCUCCUCGUCGCGGUGCAGCAUCACGGGGUUCAGGUGGAUGGGGAGGCGAACGCGGGGGACACCGGGGUGCGCGCUCUCGACGCAGAGCCAGGCAGCGCGCCCGCGAAGAGAGGAUUCUCCGCGUACUUGACCAAACUGACCCGGGGACGGAGGGAUGUGGAGAAGCCCGCCCGCUCCUCGGCGGCCGCUGCUGAUCCGCAGCCAGCUGAGGACAUCAGCGCGGAUGACAUCUUCAUCGCCGUGAAGACCACCAAGAAGUUCCACCAGUCCAGGCUCAAUCUGCUGCUGGACACAUGGAUCUCAAGAAGCAUGCAACAGACGUACAUCUUCACAGACGGAGAAGACGAAGAGCUGAAAAAGAAAAUUGGGAGUCAUGCAAUCAACACCAACUGCUCUGCAGCUCACAGCAGACAGGCUCUGUCGUGCAAGAUGGCGGUGGAAUAUGACAAGUUCAUCGAGUCGGGCAAAAAGUGGUUCUGUCAUGUGGAUGAUGACAACUAUGUGAAUGUUCCCACACUGGUGAAGUUCCUGUCCCAGUACCCCCACACCCAGGACAUGUACCUGGGUAAACCCAGUCUGGAUCGGCCCAUCGAGGCCACAGAGAGGCUGGGCGACAAUAAGAUGAAACCGGUCAACUUCUGGUUUGCUACUGGAGGAGCCGGCUUCUGUGUGAGCCGGGGUCUGGCACUGAAGAUGAGCCCAUGGGCCAGUGGCGGCCACUUCAUGAACACAGCCGAGAAGAUCCGCCUGCCCGACGACUGUACCAUCGGCUACAUCAUCGAGUCGGUUCUGGGGGUCCCUCUGACCCGCAGCAACCUGUUCCACUCUCACCUGGAGAACCUGCAACUUGUGUCCAGAUCUGAGAUGCACAAGCAGAUCACUCUCAGUUAUGGGAUGUUUGAAAACAAGAGCAACAUCAUUAAUUUGAAAGGAGCUUUUCCUGUGGAGGAGGAUCCAUCGAGGUUCAAGUCUGUGCACUGUCUACUGUACCCAGACACCCCGUGGUGUCCCCCUCAGGUUGCCUUCUAGGACGACCGCUCCUUUCUCAUCCUCGUCCCCGUCAUGCCUCGGUAUCUGAAAGGCUUGUGGGGACCAGUGUUUGGUAUUAGACCGCAUUGCUGCUGUUUUCUUGCUACAGUGGCGUGCGGUCUUUAAUAGUUUUACUGGGCUGCUGUGCGGCCCGCCUCGGGACUUUACCUUCCUGCACCGAACCAGGACCUUGUUCCGCCUGUAAUGCACGGGCGGAGGACUCCAGGUCUUGGCAGGAAUUAGCUUUCAGCGUUAAGCUUUGCAGGCAAUCAGUUGAGCUUUGUGAUAUAUAUGUUGCUUGUAAAUGAAUCUGCAAUUCUCAUAGAAUGUAUUGACAUAUUUCCAAGCCUUUUUGCCAGCUUCAUUAACACUUGUAUGUUUUAUUUUUGCUUUUUAAAAACAAAGGUCUUUGUUUGUAGGCUUUUAUCAUAUUAUUGGCUUUUUUCAUGCCUUUUUGUUAAGGUCUUUUAACUUUGACGACUCCGGACAAACUCUAUGAUGAAGAUGUUUUGUACUUUUCAGUUAACAGUGUUUAUUUCUUACACAACCUGAGCUGGCAUUUGGCAAUUUUCCAAAUGCAUCCUUCCUUUGAAUGACCUAAUCUGAAGUAUAUCAGGACAAAGCACUUUUCCCUGUAUGUCAGCUUUUUUUUCUUAAAAAGAACUGACCUUAUUAACGUCCUUUAAUGACAUGCUUCAGAUUUGUGUCCAUACUGACAAAAAGAAAGAAAAAUAACCCCUCAAAAUCUCAAAAUCCAGUUAUUCUUAUGUAUUUAAUGACUCCUUGCAUUUGUAACAAUCAGGGAAAAUAAGGAGUGGAGGAGAUUUUGAUUUGGGGUUACAAUCAGAUCUUGAAUUGCUUUGAUUUAUUUUUUAGGUUUGUUUAAUAAUUGCACAGCAGAGUUUCAAAUAUUUGACUGAUAUUUGCUCCUGGAAAGACGCUCACCUCAUGGGGUUCAACAGUAGAGAAAAAGUGACUUUUGUAUUGGUAAAUGGCAUCUAAAUUAUAACCCCACAUUUAAUCCCAGCCACAGUCUAUAAGAGUUUGCACAAUAGACUGUCUUCUCUGUCAUUAACCUGAAUGUUGUUUAUUUACACAAAAUACUGGCUGGUUACUGUUGAGGCCGAUGAGGUGAGAACUUAACAAGAGCAACAUCAGUGUUUGCACAUGGAGGUGUUUGCUCCCUCUGUGUCAUCUUUACCCAUAUUGGGUUACUCUUUACAUUUUAACCACAGUACUGUGUACUGUGCCUCUGUUUCAAUUAGUCGUGAAUGUGUAAUGAAUAGAAUGUAACUCCCCUGUUGUGGUUGACACAUGCUUUUAAUGACCUGAACAUGAUUUUGUACUGCUUUGAACUGUCUCAAUGACUGCGCUGUUUUUUUUUCUUCUCCAGUAUCUGGAGGGUUUGAACAGUUCAUCCCCAAUAUUGGCUUCUCAGGGAUUAUGAGUUGAUCCUGGUAUUAAAUCUAUUGGACCCGUGGUGGGACCUGAAAGUUUGAAUAAAAAAUGCAUAACCACUGAGAAACUCAA